AUGGCGUACUGGCUUCUGAAGGCAGUGAAUGGAUUCUGGAUGGUACCUAGCCGUGGUUCAAUCCCACGCGGAACUCGCUCACCGUCCCGUGAUCCAUCUCAUGCGGACUCGAUGCUUGGAACGUUGAACAGCGAUUAUAGCAGUAAACAUGGUAUUUCGACGAUUCCAAAGGGCGACUGUGGCCAAUGCGGCAAGCCGAUAAUUGGACAGGUUGUGAUAGCGCUAGGAAAAAUGUGGCAUCCAGAGCACUACGUUUGCUGCGAAUGCGGAUCGGAACUGGGCCACAGGAAUUUCUUCGAAAGGAAUGGACGUGCCUAUUGUGAGGAAGACUAUCACAACCAGUUCAGCCCGAGAUGUGCCGGAUGUAAUGGCCCGAUCAAAGACCGUUGUGUGACAGCCCUGGGUAAAAACUUUCACAUACAAUGCUUCGUUUGUGCCGAAUGUGGACGAGAAUUCGGAGACGAUGGCUUCCACGAAAAGGAUGGACAGACCUAUUGUCGUCGUGAUUUCUUCCGGCUUUUUGCACCGAAAUGUAAUGGUUGUCAGAAUCCGAUUACUAGUAACUUUAUCACUGCGCUGGGUACCCAUUGGCAUCCGGAAUGCUUUGUUUGUCAGAUGUGUGGCUGUUCAUUCGCUAGCGGUACAUUCUUCGACGAUGGUGGUCAACCGCUAUGUGAGACACACUAUCACGAACGCCGUGGUUCAUUGUGCCACGAAUGCCGUGCACCGAUCUCAGGCCGUUGUGUGACGGCAAUCGGCAGAAAGUACCAUCCGGAACACUUCCGAUGCUCUUACUGUAAUCGACAACUCACGAAAGGCACAUUUAAAGAAGUCGAUCGUCGUCCUUUCUGUCAUAAAUGUUACAAUAACACAUAUGCACUUACGUAA